UUUCAGUCCGCGAGCUUGGAAAGAAACGCAGUGAGUCUGGAGUCUCGUGUGCUCUCAGGAGGAGUGUGUUUGCCUUUUGUCUUUUUUUAUUUUAUUAAAAAAAAAAGCCUCGGGUGUUUUUUUGUAACUUUAAAUAGCCGUAGUGCCAGUUGUGUUUACAUCUAAAUACUUACACACACACACACAUAUACGCACUCUCACGCACAGCUUCACGUUACAGAGUGGGAAGUUCCUCACAUCAGCUUGACUUACGAAGAAUGAGGAAACAGCCGGCAACAUCAAACUCCGGGUGUAGCUAGCAGGUAAGCUCCGGUCCGGAACACCUCUGCACGCGGCUCGCACUCUGCACACGGCGGUUCGGCUCCACCGAAGCUCAGGACUCAUCACUCAGACCCAUGGCGGAUACUGCAGUCGACCACAGCACGGCACAGAACAAAACAGGUGAACAUGUAACUCAUCCUGAGUACAUAGCCUUCGGCCUGGUGCCCGUGUUCUUCAUCCUAGGCUUGCUGGGCAUGUUCAUCUGCCACAUACUGAAGAAGAAGGGCUAUCGCUGCACCACAGAUGCCGAGGACCCUGAUGAGCCCGAGGCUGAGGAGGAGAACAAUCUGGAGGACAAGGAUAUGAAUGACACCUACAGUGAGGGCAACACAGACACCGUGGGCCAGAUCGUUCACUUCAUCAUGUCAAACGAAGCUAACACAGAUGCCCUGAAAGCCAUGGUUGCUCAGAACAGCAUGGACUCUGAUGGUGCUCCUGUAACACCCACCACUCCUGCUCCCGCAACCCCCGUGAGCCCUGGGACGCCUGUUAGCCCCGUGUCGCCCGGAGCUCCCCCUGCAGCAGCCAAACACACUUGUAACCACCUUCACACCAUCGGCGGAGUGGUGGGACACAACAACAUGUGUAAUCGCUGCAAUCAGAAGAAAUGGCCUCUUGUCCGCCGGGGAUCAAACAGGAAAUUGGAGCGGCGCGCCCAUGCUGGAGAGGUCACCGUACUGGCCGUCGGCAGGUUCCGUGUGACUAAAACUGACCCGAGGCCAGCCCGGGAAAGACGCAGCCUGCUGAUCACAGAGCCUAACGGCAGCGUCCCUGCUACUCCGCUAAAAACCGAGCCAGCUUCACCGAACAGCAGCACGGAUGCACAGCACAGCAGCAAGGCAGAGGCUGGUGAUAAAAAAGUGGUGGUAUAAAAGGAGCAACGCCCAUUUAAGAACAGUCAAGUUUUUUUUCUUUUUUUUUUACAUAUAUAUACAUUUUAAACCCUCCACAGCUUUGACACAGCAGAGAGGGGGCAAAGUAACCCCAAGGCCCCAAAGACAAGAUGGAGGUAAAGAAAAGACACAAAGCGAAUAGACCUUUUAAUUUGAACUGCAGUAUUAGACUCCACGCUCUUGCCGCUGGGGUUUGUUUGUGUAUCUGGGAAGGGAGGAGGCACGGGCACCAGUUUGUCAGAGUUAUUCCAUCACCAUGUCAUUCCUCCCUUUAUAAACACACUGCAUCAUUAACCGCGCACAGAGCAGUUUUGUAAAUUUUCAUGGCUGCGAGCGUAUCGAUGGUUAAUCCACAAUCAAACAUGCGCUCACAUUACAGUGUAGACUCUAGAAUGGUUAUGAGACCGAAGGUCAUGUGACUCAGUCUAUUGCUUCUAAGAAGCAGGGACUCGUAUCUCCUAUAUAUAUAUAUAUAUAUAUAUAUAUAUAUAUAUAUAUAUAUAUAUAUAUAUAUAUAUAUAUAUAGUGAACUAUACAGUUUAAGCACUACGGAGAAUGCAAAAACACCUUGAGUGCACAUUUAACAAAGCACAUGUCUGAAUGCUCCCUGUUCCACCUGUCCACCAGAUGGCUGACUGUUUGCCUUUGGUUUCCUAUUGCUUUCCCAAAUCCUUUGUGCCUUUAACCAGAUCAGCUUGAUGUGUAGUAUAAGCUAAUGUCUGCUAAAGUGUCUAUUUAUAACUCUUAAUGUGUGUGGGUGGGGGGUGGGGGGUCAUUAGGAUAUUUGUUGUUUUAUACUCAUCCUGGUAUAAAACAUGGUUUAACUUACUUACUUUCCCAAAUAUCUUCCUAGUACCAUAUGCAAGAGUAUAUAGAGAUGCGAAUACACAUAUCCUGCUAAACCCUAAAGAGGAAAAAAAAGGGACAGUUUUUCUGGAAAUUUCAGGAGCUUCUGUAUAAAAAAUAGUCACAAUUCACUAGUCAUAAAUUUGCUUACUUCUGUAGUGCUUUAGAGAAAUGUUGCACCAGAUCACCCAGACUGCAUGGUUUAGUAAUUUUAUAUACAUGUCUGGUUAACUCCUUGGGAGAAAAAAAAACACUCUGUGUCAUAAUCUAACACGAAUACAUAAUGAGUACAAAUAAUGUUAUACUAUUUGUCUAAUCUCAUACUGUUUCCUGUUCUGUACUUAACCAGCUAAUGUUUUCAAAAUAUCACAUCAAAAAAUAAAUGGCCUUGGAUAAACUACUGUACUGGUGAAAGGCUCUCGGGGAUACUGGGAAUCUAGAUUCAAUGCAGUUUAGCUAAAAUACAUUUGCCAAUACAUCUGAAUUGAAAGUGAUGAAGUGUGUGUGGGAGACAUGAAUGGUGUGUAAAUUUGAAAUGCACUUUUGUGUUUAAAUAUUGUGCAAAAUAAUAACAUAGUACUUUCUGGGGUUUUUUUUUUUGGGAAAAAGAAAAACAGUGCCAUCUUAUUACAUAUUAUAAUAAAAAUGUAUUUAUGUAACAUGAAGUUAUUAUAGUUAAUCUGAUUGUUCUACACCCAACCUGGUGGGGUCAAGUCUUAACACUUCUUCCAAAACCCCAAAAUGUUUCUAACAAAGAGGGAUGACUAUGGACUAUUUAAGCACUGUUGCAGAUGAAAUCAUAUUGGCUAGUCCUUGCUACCUCAUUCUUUUAGGAUUUCUUUUUUUUUUUUUUUUUAAGGGAAAGUAAUUCUUGAAGAAAUUCAGAGAAUCACUUAAACCAAAAUAAUUCGACUUGCAUAUUUAAGAAUGAAUAUUUUAAAAGAAAUGUGUCUAAAAUGUAAUGAAAUGUUGAAAGCCAAAUAAAUGUUUUGCAUUGGAUUAAAAAGGCUGUGUUAUAGAACAACUUUUGUUUUAAUGUUUUUGUAUCUACACUUUGUAUCCACAAUAAAUGUGUUAAA